CGAGGCAAAAAACUUCCAUUGUGUACAUGCAGACUGUAACACCUGAUUGUAAGUCUUCUGGAUAGGCUGCCCUGUACUAAGAAAGUAAAGUCAAGCCCAGGAGAAGGGUCACCCUGACCUGUUUCAGAGCCCUGUCAGGUCCCAGAGAAGAAGACAGAGAGGACUGCACUCUCCCCAGCCAGCACGCUCUUUAGGGUAGAGGGCAAGGACUUCUGGUCUGAAGCAGAGGGUGACAAGAGCUGCUCUGUCUCUGAAUCCAUCAUGGAACAGAUCAAUGGAUCUGUCCAGAUGGAGCAUGCGCUGCUGUACGCCUUCCUGCAAGCGUCCUCUGACUGUAAGUUCAGAGAGCAACUGCAUUCCCUGCAAAGCCAGGGGAUUGUGUCUUUCGUGAAAGGCAGCUACUGCUAUGAUGAUGAGGUGGAACUUCAGACUGAUGGCAAUCGGAGUGGCCACUUGCAGAAUGGAGAGCUAGCGUUUGACCCUCAGGUAAAUGAAGAAGUUGUCCGGAUCAUUGCUGCUCAGCUCGCUGAGAUUGGAGACCAGUUUGAUAAAGAAAUCAAAGCAAGAGUAGUAAAUGAUCUAGUGCAGCACUUUCUGAAUGAGAAUCUGUCUGGAGAGGAGAUAACCCAGCGCAUGUCAGAGGCAGUGGAAGGGCUUGCACGAGCCAUCCCCUCAGACAUGGAACAGGAGAAGGCCAUGUUGGUGCUAGCGAUGGUGCUAACUAAAAAAAUUGCGAAUACAAUGCCCUCCCUUCUACAGCGUGUCUUCAGCACCACUGUGAACUACAUCAGCCAGCAGCUCCACAACUACAUUGUCAGAAUGCUGCGUGAGUGAGCUCUCCAGCCCUCUGUGUGGAGAAUGUGGAUUCCUGAAGACUUUUUACUUUUGAUUUAUGGGAUUCACUUUUUCUGCUCUUAACUUCUGAGAUACAGCUGUGGAAGGGAAGGCAGAGCUUCAUAGAUAGGCUUUUGUAGACUAGCACAGCAACGAUGGUAGUGUGAGCUGCGUGCCAGCUCUGCCAGUACCUGUAAGGAGUAGUGCUUGCCCCCUCUCAUUUUAUAAUAGUUUUUUCUUUUUCUUUUUUUUUUUUUUUAAUCUUCAGCAGUAGCAGCCUUUGUGCAGACCCAGGCUUGUGCCUCCAGAUGAAAUGCUGUAGGCACAGAGCCUGCCCUCUCAGUAUUGUUUUUUCUAAUCAGCUGUACCAUUUUGCUUUAGUUACUCUCUUCCCAGCCCUGCUCCUGGUGCUGCAGCUGAGCCAUGCUGAGUGUUAAUUGUUCCCAGGAAGGCCUCUGGCUGUAGAAUGGGUGGUUGAUCAGCACAGAUCACCAAGGGGGUGGGGGAAUCAGGUCUGUCUUAGAGGGGAGCUGGCAGCAAGAGGGAACAACUCUAAAGAAGGAAGGUAGGGGUGGUUGGCCAGGGAAGGCUGAAGUAAAGAUGCUUCAGUAUCAAUCGCCAUAAACCUGUGCUUGCUUGAAAAAUAAAACCGAAUGAGAAACUGUAAAGAAAAGGGCAGAAAAUUCUUUCAGGGAAUGCAACCUGGAUAUGCUUGAGGAAAAGUGUUUAGCUUUAGAAUAUCUUGCUAUAAAGAGAAAGAAGGUAUCAGCCUUGGAUCAGGAAGGAUACCUGGCAUCUCUUAUGAGUGUACUGCAGUCACAUCUCAGGUUCAACAAACUUGGACUCAGGUUGUCUGAUACAGACCUGUAAUCACACAAGGUGGGAAAGGCUUCACCUGUGAUCCACUGCCUCAGAAGCUUUGAAAUGAUGUAAAUAUUUUGUGGGUUUUUUUUAAUUUAAAUAAAAUUGUCAUUCUCAUGGCAAUACAGCUCUUAAGAAUUUCAGUUUCCACCUGGAUUUUUUUUUUGGUGUUGUCAGUUUUUUUUGUGCAAGUACUCAUGCCA